AUGCCCAACUUCCGCCCCAGCAACAUCCUCGGCGACCCGUUCGCGCUCGCGACCCUCUCCAUCUCCAUCCUGGCCUGGCUCAUUGCCUUCAUCUCCUCGAUCAUCGCCGACAUCUCAAAUGAUUAUCCGAACCUGGACUGGUGGGCGAUCAGUUAUAUGUUCUGCAUCAACUCGGGUCUGAUUUUCGUGUUCGGCACCGACACUGGCAAUGUCUACGGCGUCGCAAUCGUGGGCUAUCUGGCCGCCGCCCUCGUCUUGACCUCUAUCAGCGCAAACAACAUGGUCUACGGUUCCCAGGGCUCCGAGCAAGCCGCCGGCGCUGGUUUCAUUCUUCUCUCCAUGGUGAUCAUCAUCUGGAUCUUCUACUUCGGGUCCACUCCCCAGGCCUCGCACCGCGGAUUCAUCGACUCCUUCGCCCUGAACAAGGAACAGCCCGGCUCCUACCGUGGCAGCCGCCCCAUGUCCAGCGCAUUCGGUGCUCGUCCCGAGACCAUGGCCACCGGCAACACCCCGCAGAUGUACACCUCCGCCCAGCUGAGCGGCUUCGAGACCUCCUCCCCUGUGUCCGGAUACCCCGGUGGUGCCCCCGGUGCCGAGCGUAACUCCUCGGCACGCUUCGGCGCUACCCCCAGCCCUGCUCCAGGCAAUGCCACGGCUCCCGCCGUCAACCCCGACGGCAGCGAGGUGCCCCAGCCAACCGAGUACCCAUACCGGGCCAAGGCCAUUUACUCGUACGACGCGAACCCCGAAGACGCCAACGAGAUCAGCUUCACAAAGCACGAGAUCCUCGAAGUGUCCGAUGUCAGCGGCCGAUGGUGGCAGGCUCGAAAAUCGAGCGGAGAGACCGGCAUUGCGCCCUCAAACUACCUGAUUCUUCUGUGA